AUGCACUUACUAGGAUCCUUCAGUGAGAACUGGGUACGAUGGCACAACAUUCAGAAAGGAGCCCUGAUGUCUCAGGCUGCUUUUCCUGCCUUAAAGAUUGUUUUCUUUCUAAAAGAGACAGAUGACUUAAAGUCACAGUAUGAACAAAUGAUCUUUGAGCUGUUGAAAUGGAUUAAGCACAAAAUAGUGGAACUGGAUGAUCAUCUCUUCCCUAAUUCUGUGCAAGAGAUGCGCCAUCUUCUGGGCAACUUUAGGACUUUCCGCACUGUGGAUAAACCUCUCAAGUACAGGGAGAAGGGGAUAAUUGAAGCCCAUUUCUUCCACAUCAGAACCAAACAGCGAGCCAAUCAUCAGCGCCCUUAUAUGCCACCUGGAGGGAGGUUAUUGCAAGAUUUAGAAGAGGAAUGGGUCAAAUUGGAGAAGGCUGAACACAAUCGUGGGAAUGCACUACGACAGGAGCUGUUGAGACUAGAAAGAGUUGAACAACUAGUCCACAGAUUCCUGAAGAAAGCAGCUCUUCGUGUGGCCUACUUAGAACAUACGAGGGAUAUAAUGAGCAAUGAGGAUGCUGGGAGACCUGAUAAUUUGGAGCAACUUGAAGCAGCUACAAGGAGGCUUGAGGCUAUUGAGACAGACAUGCUUCCCAGAGACAUGUACUUCAAAGCACUUUCUGAGAUGGCAGCAGAAAUCAAGAAGGAGAAUUAUUAUGAUCAGGAUCACAUUAUAAAGACGUUAUUGCAAGAUUUAGAAGAGGAAUGGGUCAAAUUGGAGAAGGCUGAACACAAUCGUGGGAAUGCACUACGACAGGAGCUGUUGAGACUAGAAAGAGUUGAACAACUAGUCCACAGAUUCCUGAAGAAAGCAGCUCUUCGUGUGGCCUACUUAGAACAUACGAGGGAUAUAAUGAGCAAUGAGGAUGCUGGGAGACCUGAUAAUUUGGAGCAACUUGAAGCAGCUACAAGGAGGCUUGAGGCUAUUGAGACAGACAUGCUUCCCAGAGACAUGUACUUCAAAGCACUUUCUGAGAUGGCAGCAGAAAUCAAGAAGGAGAAUUAUUAUGAUCAGGAUCACAUUAUAAAGACGCAAAGGGACAUUGCACAGCAGUGGCAAGAUCUGUUGAGCCAGCUCCAAAGACAAAGACAAUCUCUGAAAGUUACACAGGAAGUUUUGGUCCUUCUGAGAGAUAUUGAUACUAUCAUGGGGGAACUUAAGGAGCUGCAGGUCCUAGUGAGUUCUCAGGAUUGUGGUAAAGAGCUCUUCGAGGCAACACAUUUAUUGGAGAAGCAUCAGUUGGUUACCUCUCAGGUUUUUUCUCUUGGAGAGAGGAUCAACCAUAUCACUAAAAGAGCCAAAGAGAUUAUGAAAAAUAAAUCAGUCAGGUCAGAUGUGCUUCAAGCCAAACUUUGGAUGCUCCACCAAUUGCAUCAAAAUUUUCUGGAUCACUGUAAAACACGAAAAAAACAGCUGAGAGAGGCUUUGGAUGUUUUUGAGUUUUUCCAUGAGUGCAAAGAAGAAGAGCUAUGGUUAUCUGAAAAGUUGAAGUUGAUGAAGGCAACAACCUUAGGGCUUGAUGUCAGUCACAUUGCUGCCUCUCUUAGGAGUCAUAAGUACUUUGCCAGCAUUGAUGAGGCAGACUGUUGGCUGCAGGAACAUCAAGUCCUCCUAGUCAGCAAGGAUUAUGGGAGAGAUGAAUCCAGUGCUGAAGCUCUGUUGCAUCGCCAUUUUCUUCUAGAGGAAGAGAUUGCUGCUUAUUCUUCAGAUAUAAGCUGUUUGGAACAGCAGGCAAAUUCUGUGGCACAGCAGGUUGCAUUGGCGAUGGUAUCAGUGCCACCAGCCGAUGCUGAGGUCCAUAACACCACAAUCCAGAGAACAAGCAAAGCACCUGCAGAUCAGUCAGUGUCAUGGACUUCAGUCAAAACUUCAUUGAUUGCUCUUUUUGGCUCUGAUCCUCAUUUUGUCACAGAAAACAUCUGGAGAGAAAAAAGCAAGAUUGACAUUUUGUAUGAAAAACUGCAGACCAUGGCUGAGCACAGGAGGAAAGCAUUAGAAGAGGCGAUCCAACUCUGCCAGCUCUAUGGUUCCUGUGAAGAAUUUCAGUCUUGGAUAAAUGACAAAGAAUUUUUUUUCCAAACUAAACAGCCAAAAGAAAAUAAUGUGGAAGCUAUGCAGCAGAAAUACCAGAGUUUUCUGGUGGAAUUGGCUGCUGGGAAGAACCGCUUGGAAAAGAUCCAUUGCUUAGCAAAAAUGUUUUCUAAGAGCAGUCCUGGAAGAAAGGAAGAGAUUCAAGCCCUCCAGAAUGAAAUAAACUUGAGGUGGGAGCGACUGGAAACAUUAAGGGAAGAGAAGGGCACAGAGUUGAUAGGAGUAGUUGAUAUGAAGAGUUUCCUUCAGGACUGCCAGGACACUCAACUGUUGAUACAAGAUGGACUGACUCAUCUUGAAGACUUAGGGCAUGGAAACAGGCCUGCUGUUCUGGAGGCACAGAGACAUAGACUCAGUGCCCUUGAGAGAAAUAUCUUAGUCCAGGAGAGAAAAAUUGAAUACCUGAAAAGUGUGGCCAAAUCGCUCACGGAUACCAAUCCGGCAGAGUGCAAGGGCAUAAAAGAACAAACAGAAGAAAUGGAGGUGCUGUUGUCAACAUUCAAAUCAAAGACAGAUGAGAAGGGGGCAGCUUUGAAAGCAAUACAGGACCAACAGAUCUUUCUGCAAGACAGUCAUAGACUCUUGUUAUGGGCAACUGGCAUGAAGGAGAAGCUAACCAGUGAGGAGACAGGUAUAGAUGUGGUUUCUGCAGAACAGUUACUACAAGGGCACCAAGAUUUGCUGAAGGAACUGCACAGCCAAAGCAAAAGGUUUAUGGACUUGCAAGAAUUGGGUCAAAAGAUAAUGGAUGAUUCGUCCAACAUCAGAGCUCUGGAUGUUUGUGAAUCCAUGUAUAAACUUGAUCAGAAAAGGACUGAGCUGGAUGAAUUGUGGGCAAAGAGACGAAAGAUGCUCCAGCAGAGUGUGGAGCUACACAAAUUCAGUAGAGAAGUUGACCAUAUUAAUGCAGCUCUUGCCACCCAUGAGGCCUUUCUCCAAACUGAUCGCUUGGGGGACCAUGUGAAUUCUGUUCAGAGUCUGCUGAGGCAACAUGGAGAUUUUGAACAAGUACUUCUGAUAUUAAAACACCGGGCAGAUGCACUUCAUGAGCAUGGAGAACAGUUGGUGGAGAGGAACUGUUUUGCUUCUGACAUGUACAUGUUCAGUGAGUUUAAUUAUGAUGCUGCAGAGCUUUUGAUAUGGAUGGAGGAGAAGUACAAGAUAGCAUCAGAUGAGUCCUACCGUGACCCAACAAAUAUCCUACGCAAGCUGAAAAAGCAUGAGGCUGUAGAACAGGAAAUGAUGGUCAGCAAGAAGCACUUCAUGGAACUGAUGGUGGCUGAACGUCAGUUGGUUCAAGAUAACCACUAUGCUGCAGAGUCCAUUCAGGAAAAAAUGUCAGAACUCAAAAAGAAAUGGGAGAAAUUGCACAGGAAGAUGAUGGAGCGAGGAGACAAACUGAGGCAGUCUGGGCAGCAUGAACAAUUGAUGGAACUUCUCAAGGAUGCUGAAGAGAAAAUGGAGAAGAUGGAGAAAGCACUUUACAAUCCAGAUGUGGGUCAUGACUUGCGCUCCAGUCGCAAUCUACUCAAGGAACACAUUCAGCUGGAAAAUGAGAUGCAGGGACUGACUGAGAAAAUGAAUUAUAUUGUCCUUCAUGCCAAAAAAAUGGCUAUGGAACAUUUUGACAGUGAGAGGAUUGUGGAUGAGACACAAAAGUAUUUGCAAAGGUAUGACUCUCUCCAGAAACCUCUUGCUGAGAGAGGCCAGUUGCUGCAGGCAAGAGUGGAACUUUACCAAUUCUACCAUUACCAUGAUAUGGAAAUGAAAUGGAUUAAUGAAAAAAUGUCAGUUGCCAGCUCCACGAACCAAGGAAAGUCCUUGGAUGCGGCUCUAAGUUUGCUGCAGAAGCAUAAGGAAUUGCAAGCAGAGGUGAAUGUCCACAAUCACCAAGUUUUGAAGGUUCUAGAGAAAGGAAGAGCUGUGUCAGCAGGCAAGUACAUGCCAUCCCAGAGAAUCAAGGAGAAAUGCCAGGAGCUGAGUGAAGGUUGGAUGGAGUUGGAGAAAGCAUGUGAGGAAAGGAUCAAACAGCUACAGCAUUCUGUUGCCUUCCAUCAGUUUUUAAUUGAGAUAUCCGACCUGGAGAGUUGGGUACGGGAGAAGCUUCCACUGGUAACAAACAAAGACUGUGGUAAAGAUGAAGCUGCGACUCUUAAAUUCAUAAAGAAACAUAAGGCACUUGAGCAUGAGAUUGACAUUUACCAGAGUUUAGCAAUGGAACUGCAGGAAAGGGCCAAACCACUGCCUCUCCCAGGUUCCAUUCACUUUGAUGAAGUUGAUAUACCCCAGGAGCAAGUUCAGUCACAGCUUUGGGAACUGCGAGAACUGGCCUCCUCAAGACGGAAAAGGCUGGAGGAAACUCUCACACUGCAUUAUUUCCUAAGGGAAUGUGAAGAUCUGGAGGAACUGAUCCAUCAGCAAACACAGGUUGCCAGCUCUGGUGACUAUGGUUUGGAUUAUGAACAUGUCUUGCUUCUUUGGGUCAGAUAUGAAACAUUCCAGAACCAGAUUGAAGCUGCUGCCAAGAGAGUUGCCAUGUGCCAUCAGCAAGCAGAACAAAUGGUGGACCAUAGCCAUUUUGCAUCCAGGGACAUUUUGAAGAAACAGAAACACUUGCGAAAGUUGUGGGAGGAGAUGCUGCAGGUGACCAAGCUUCGAGGAGAAAAACUACAAGAUGCUGAGGCUGUACACAAGUGUUUGCAAGAACUGACAGAAGCCCUCGCCCACAUUGAAGAGAAAUCCAAGACCAUUCUGAAUGAUGUUGCAAGAGAUCUAAGUGGUAUACAGUCCCAGCUUCACAGACAUUCAACCCUUGAGCAUGAACUGUAUGGGAAUGAGCAACAGCUGCAGGAACUAAUCGAUGCUGCUGAUGGGGUGCUCAGCCGCUGCUCUGAAAGGCAAGCUGACGAGAUACAAGCAAAGCAGCAGGAAGUCGUGGCAAAUUGGGAGUCCUUGAGAUGUAAAGUGGAGCAGCGCAGGGACAAGUUGGAACAAACCUACAAACUUUUCCACUUUCUAACAGAAGUACGGUCUUUUUGCUCCUGGACAUCUGAGAUCAUGAGAGAAAUGAUGAUUACAGAGACUGCUCAAGACGCAUCCACAAGUGGGUUGAAGCUGAAUCAGCAUCAGCAGCUGUUGGCAGAAAUUGAGGCCCGUGAUGAGGUUUAUACUCAGGUGCUGCAGCUGGGCCAAGAGCUCUUCCUGGAACUGAAAACUGCAACAAAAGAUAUCCAGGACGCUUUGCAGGCCCUGUCAGAAGAAAAGGAAAAAGUAUAUUGCAAGUGGGCCCAGAAGAAGGAGUGGCUGGAGAAAAUCCACCUUCAGCAAAUGUUUUACAGGGAUUGUGAACACUUAGAAAACAUACUGAAUUCUCAAGAGAAUUAUUUGAAAAGCAGUGACUUCAGGAAUACAGUGGAUGAGGUGGAACAGCAGAUCAAGAAACAUGAGGCUUUUGAGAAACUUAUGGCCUCCCAGGAUGAAAAGGAAUUGUCUCUUCAGGAGCAAGUGACUAGACUACAACAGAACAAUGGGCUAGAAGAUGCAUCAAUCCAGCUCAAGCUCAAUACCAUAAUAGAGAGGAGAAGAUAUAUCAAAGAGCUCUCCCAAAGCAGGCAAGAAAAAUUGCAGACAGCCUUUCUGGCAGCUGUCUUCUACCAGAAUCUAGCUGAGGCGGAAAGCUGGAUUGAGGAGCGUAUACAAAAGCUUCAGGCUUCUCCUUUUCAAAGUCUCACCAACCUGAGUGACAAAAUGAAGCUUCUGCAGAAGCAUCAAGUCUUUGAGACUGAGAUUGCAGUUCACAUGGAUCUAAUAGCCACUGUUAACAUGAAAGGAGAAGCCUUAAUGUGCCAGGAUUGUUCUGAUUCAGAGGAGAUAUGUCACAAGAUUCACUUGCUUCAAAAACAGUGGUGCAAGUUGCAGCAGGCUGUUGCUGCUCGUGGAAAGAUGCUUGAAGAAAGUAGGGAUUUCUUGGAAUUUUUACAGAAGGUGGAUCAUGUAGAGACCUGGAUCAGAGACAAGGAAGUGAUGAUUAAUAUUGGUGAUGUCGGAAAUGAUUAUGAACAUGGCCUGCAGCUCUUAAAAAGACUGAAUGAAUUCCGAGGAACAUCAGGGGAAAUGGCUGUGGAUGAUGUUCACAUUAAAAGCAUCAAUGCUGUUGCUUUGAAAUUAGAGCUACAAAACAAAGAAGAAAUAAAAAUAAUAUAUCAGCGCCGGAAACAGCUCAAUGAGAGGUGGAAGAAUUUUCAUGGUGAGCUGAAGGCAUACAGGAGGAAGUUGGAAGGAGCUUUGGAGAUUCAUGCCUUGAUCAGAGAAACUGAUGACCUAACAGAGAGAAUCAGUGAGAAGAGUGUACUGAUACAGUCACUGGACUAUGGAAAAGAUAUAGAAAGUGUAGAAAACCUAAUCUGUAAACAUGAAGAAAUGGAGAGAGAGAUCAGCAUCAUUCAAUCCAAUAUAGAGUCCCUGGAGCUAGAAUCAUUCCCACUUUGUAAGAGGAAUCCAUCCGCUUUAAGUGUCAAACUGACUACAAAGCAAACAGAGAUGAAAAAUCAUUGGCUACGAUUCCAGGGCCAGGUCAUACAAAGGAGGGAGAAACUGGCAGCCUCUUAUCAAUUGCAGAAUUUUAACUCUGAGAUGAAGGAAUUCCUAGACUGGAUUCAGGGAAUCAGAGGAUCCAUGGAAGCUAUAAGUCUUCCCAAAAGUUCAGCUGAAGCAGAAAGUAUGCUUGAAGAGCAUGAUGAACAAAAGGCAGAGAUCAAAGCAUGGGGAGAAAGGUUGAGUUCAUUAACCAAUUAUGGUGAUGAACUUGCCAACUCUGGACAUUAUGCAGCCCCUGAGAUCCACCGUUGCCUCAUCAGUCUACAACAGGCCUUGACUGAAAUGAUUGGGGUCUGGCAAGAACAAAAUCUAAAACUGAUUAAAGCCAAGGACUUACAGAAAUUUUAUGGCUAUAUACAGGAGAAUGAAAGCUGGCUAAGUAGCAAAGAGAUUUUUCUAGCAAACAAGGAUUUGGGGGAUUCUGUGUCCAGUGUUGAGAGUCUGCAGCAGAAACACAUGCAAUUUGAAAAGGUUCUGGAAGCCCACAUGAAGGAGAUUGACAUAAUGACCUCAUUUGGCCAGCAGCUAAUGGACAGCCAGCAUUGUGACUCUCAGAAUAUAAUGAACAAGAUUCAGGCAAUUCUCAAGAGAAAGGAAAAACUUCUGGAAACUGCUUUGGCUCGCAGGCAUAUGCUGGAAGAAUCACAUAGUCUGCAAAACCUUCUGCGCAGUUCCUUUGAGCUGGCAGCAUGGAUGAAAGAAAAAAAUGUUAUUGCCUUGGAUGAGAGCUGGAGGGAUCCAAGCAAUCUUCCAUCUAAACUCCAAAAGCACCAGACUUUCCAGGCAGAGAUCAUGGCCAACAGAAAUGACCUAGAUCAUAUCCGAGCUGAAGGAGAGAAGAUGCUCCAGGAGGGACAUUGUUCUCCUGAUGUCAUCCAUUCCAGACUGCAGGAAAUAGAGGACCUUUGGGAUGAGUUGCUGGAAAACUGCCAUGAAAAGGGAAGGAGGAUGCAGGAUGCCUACAAGGCUGUGCAUUUUCUCCAUAAUGUUGAUGAUGUGGAAAAAUAUCUGGAAGAUCUAGAAAGUGAGCUGAACAUACCAGAAAGCUGCCCUAGCUUCCCGGUUCUGAAUGAUCUUCUAAAGAAACAGGAGGCAUUAGAAGAAAAUUUUGCUAGCUGUAAAGACCAACUCCAAAACCUUAUAAAGACAGUGCAAGAAUUUCAACAACAGAAGAAUUUUAUGGUAGAUGAAAUGGAAGAGAAAGUGGAUCAUGUGGUGCAUAGGUACAACAGUCUUAGGGUGCCUUUACAAGAGAGAAAUGGAUGCUUGGAGGCCAGCAGACUGCACUAUCAAUUCCUCCAAGAUGUCACUGAGGAGUUAACCUGGAUUCAUGAGAAACUCCCCCUGGCAUCCUCCAGAGAUUAUGGCCAGUCACUUAUGAAUGUUCAGAGUUUGCAGGAAAAACUCCAGAAUUUGGAGAAUGAAAUUAAUAGUCACGAUGCUUUAACUAAAGCAGUUAUCAGCACUGGACAGAAGCUGGUGAAGGGAGGACACUCAGCCUCACAAGACAUCAUGGAAAAGGUGAAAGAAUUGGAGAUUGCCUCAGAAAAUCUGAGGGAUGAGGUUCAGGAGAGAAGAAAGAAGCUCAUGCAGUCAUACGAAAACCAACAUUUCCUCACUGAGCUUUCAGAAGCAGAAUCCUGGUUGGCAGAAAAGGUACUUGUCCUGGAUCUCCAAGAUUAUGGACAGUCUGAAGAAUGUACUCGAGCACAGCUUCGUAAAGCAGAAUCUGUCAGGCUUGACCUAAAGGGAUUUGAGUCUCGAAUCGAGAAGUUGAAGGAAAAAGGAAAUCACCUCUUGGCCUCUGACAACCCAGAUAGCUCAACUAUCCUUUCCAAGCUUCAUGCAAUUCUAGAAGAAUAUAACUGUGUCCUAACAAAAGCUGAGACCCAAAUGAAACUUCUGCUGGAGCAAUCUCAACUGCACCAGUUUGAAAAGGAAGUUCAGCUGGUAGAUGCCUGGCUUUUGAGCAAACAGAGCAUGGCUGAAUCAGAUAACUAUGGACAGGAUUUGGAGGAUGUUGAGAUUCUGGAGAAAAAAAAUUAUGAUUUGAAAAAUGAGGUAGAAUCUCUAGGAUAUGCCAAGGUUCUUCUAAUAAACAAGUUGGCAUCACAUCUCAGGAGUCAGUGCUACGGCUCAAUAAGUGAUAUAGAGAAGAGAACCCAGCUGGUCAGUAACACAUGGGAGAGAUUGUAUCAAGCCACCCAAACAAGGACAAAGAAUCUGAGAGCAGCUCGGGAGGUUCAUCGGUAUGAUCGUGAUGUGGAUGACCUGAAGGAGUGGAUUCAGGAAAAAGAGGCUAUUGUGGAUAGGGAAGAAUAUGGCUAUGACCUGUCUGGUGUGCAGACACUCCUUAGCCAGCAUGAGCGAUUGGAGAGGGAGCUAAUAGACAUUUCUAAAAAACUGGAGAGGAUCAGAGGACAGGCUUGGCAUCUUGGUCAAUUGUAUCCUCAUCCCAGGGACAACAUAAUGUGUAGACUUUCAGAAGUGGAAGAAUGCUGGGAGAAACUAAAUGUAAAGUCUUCAAGAAGAAAACAGAAGCUACUGCAGGCAGAACAAACCCAUCUCUAUUUUGACAACUGCAGAGAAUGGAUGGCCUGGGGCAAUGAGAUGCAUGCCCUGAUUACAUCUGAGGCACUGACAAAUGAUCUUCUUGGUGCUGAGCUGCUUAUUAAGCGCCAUGAAGAGUACAAGUAUGAUAUAGAGAAACAGUGGCUGAAAUAUGAAGACCUGCAAGAAGCUGGAAGAAGCUGGAUGAAGAAUGGGGACUUUAUGUCCAUACAGAUUGAAGAGAAACUUUCUGAACUAUUGGAGCUAAAGAACAAAGUGAAGGAAUCUUGGGACAUGAGAAAGGAAUUGUAUAAGGAAAACUUGGAGAUCCAGUUACUGCGAUGGGAACUGGACCAAGCUGAAGCUUGGCUGACUGCCAGGGAAGGUUUUCUCUCAGAUCCAAACUAUGGGAAUUCUAUUUCUGAUGUCAAGCAACUAUUGAAAAAACAUGGAGAUUUUGAAAAGAUGCUGGAGUGUCAAGAAGAGAAAUUUGCGAAGCUGAAUCGAAAGACAAAGGGAGAAUUGAAGUUACUAAAACAAGCAGGUAUUGAGGAGAAAGAGGAUUUGAUCAAGGUCCCCUCACUACAUAGGAAACAUUCCAACAGGAAGCCAAGGAUGCAGGAGCCAAAGAUCCAUUUUGCAUCUGUUUCAUCAACAAAGGUCAAACAGACUUUACACAAGCCAAGUCAUGGAGAUGACCUGACAUUGGCCUGCACCAAUGACACAAAAACUCCACUUGCACCGGAUGUGCUUGAUCUGCAGGAUUCGGCUCUGGAGAGCCAGAUCUCUUUGCCUUCUUCAUUGCCCCUUAACAUGAAAAACAAGCAAGCUGUCAGUGAUUUGUUACCUUUAUGUGAUGAUUUUGUACCACCAAGUGUACAAGACAAUAGUGACAGCUUCCUCUGUGAUAUGGAAACCGAAGACACAGAUGAAUCAUUACAUACUUCACUGUUGGACUCAUAUUUACCUCCUGAGAGAUCAGAAACUGAUUCACACGUUUCUACAAUGCAUGAGAGCAUGGAAAACUGCCUAGAAAUGUGGGAUCAGAUCCUUCCAGGAAGAAAUCAGCCAGAGACAAGAACUUGGAAUUUUUUUUAUGUCAAACUUGAAAGACAAAAACUUGACUUCUAUAGAAAUGAAAAUGAUGUAUUUCAGAAUACAACUCCAGUCUUCUCAAGCAGCACUGCUGAAGCCAGACUGAGUGAUGGAGCUGAAUACUACAUUGCUGCACCUUCCAAGACACUGAUGGAUGAUAGGAUUCAAACGUUACAGAGUAACGUAGACCCAUCUAGCAACCCAUGGUCUCUGCAGAAGGAACCUCCAACCACCACAAAUGGAGGGAAAUCUCAAGUAAAAUCUUGGAUCUUUGCCCCUGCUGCUUAUGCUGGAAGGCAAGUCACCAAAAGUUUACUUCCCAGGAGAAUUCCUUCCUUCAAAGUUAAACAAGAAAACAGUCCUAUUGGAGGUCUCCAGGAAUUAGACGUGACCAAUUAUUUUUGCAAAAUCCUAACCAUCGAUCAGAACCAUGGAGAUUCUGGAAACAAAUCUGAACUCACAGAUAAAACAGCAAAAAACUUUGAGAAUCUGCAGACUCCAGAGAGAAAACAGCCAGAGAAGGUAUUCAAGAAACAGGAGCAAUAAAAAGAAACAGGUGUCUUUAAGAAGCUUUUUGCCAAGAAAUAAGAAUGGAAGAAGAAAUAUGUGGUGCAGUUCUUUGAGUGAGCAUGGUUCUUCUCUUCACUCAGAAUGGCAGACUUUGGCAAAGAAACAUCCAAACAUUUUUUGAAAAAAAUACAUACAUUUUAUCUUUGCUGUUAAAGCCAUGAGUGCCUCCAAAUGGUCAACUCUUCUCAGUGCUGCGUGUUUUUAAAAAUAAAAAUCAAGCUUAAAAAUCGAGGUAAAUGA